UGAUAGAGCGAUUAUUCGAAAGUCGACUUUUAGAUCCCUAUGUUGCCUUGCUCUGCUCAUUUAUUGUAUUUGGAAUCCAUUUAUUUGUAAGAAAUUGUGGAAAUUUUUAAAUUCCUGAAUAAUUUUGCGUACAGAAGGACAUAAAGAUGCAAAGUGUUUUAAAUACAGUUAAGGGAACAGCCCUAAAUGUUGCUGAAUAUCUAACUCCCGUUUUGAAGGAAUCCAAAUUUCGAGAAACAGGAGUACUUACACCAGAGGAAUUUGUGGCGGCUGGUGAUCAUUUGGUUCAUCAUUGUCCCACAUGGCAGUGGGCAGCUGGUGAUGACAAUAAAACAAAGCCGUAUUUACCCAAAGAUAAACAAUUUUUGAUAACACGCAAUGUUCCCUGCUAUCGGCGUUGUAAGCAAAUGGAAUAUGUUGGUGAAGAAACGGUCGUUGAAGAAGAGGGUGGAGAUGGUGGUUGGGUAGAGACGCAUCAAAUGAACGAGGAUGGCACAUCUGCCGAGCUUGAUGAAAAAAUUUGCGAACUAACAUUGGAUGAUAGGGAAGAAAUGCAUACCCCUAAUAAUGAAGAACCUGGUAACAUGGACGAUGCUGGCGCGGAAGAAGACGAUGACGAAGCCUUAGAUAUGGAUGAGUUUGAAGAGAGUGGCAUGUUGGAUUUAGUAGAUCCAGCGGUGGCUACUACUGUAAGAAAAACUGAUAAAUCGGAAGCCAAUAAAAGUGAAGGAGCCUCGGCUUCAUUUGAUACUCAAGAUUCCGUACUACAUACACGUACUUAUGACCUUCAUAUUACCUAUGAUAAAUACUAUCAAACGCCACGCUUGUGGGUGGUAGGUUACGAUGAGAAUCGUAAACCCUUAACAGUCGAACAAAUGUAUGAAGAUGUGUCUCAAGAUCACGCCAAGAAGACUGUAACCAUGGAAACCCAUCCCCACCUGCCUGGUCCCAAUAUGGCUUCGGUUCACCCCUGUCGACAUGCCGAUAUUAUGAAGAAAAUUAUACAAACCGUCGAGGAGGGUGGUGGAGAAUUGGGGGUGCACUUAUAUUUAAUAAUUUUCUUAAAAUUCGUACAAACUGUUAUACCAACCAUCGAAUAUGAUUUUACACAAAAUUUUAAUUUGUCCUAAACAAGACCACCCAAUGCAAUACCGUAUUGAGUAUGAAAUGGCCGUGAAUAUACUUGCGCUUUAUUCUCAUGUAUGUACAUUACAUUGUAAUUGGGAUUGCCAUAAUGAUAUGAUGCUUCUUAAUUAAAUUCGUGUAAA